UAAAACGUAGCUAAUUUUGGGGUUUUGGUCGAAGCUCAUCAUCUCUUCAACUAGGGUUUUAGAGGAGCCACCUUUUUCAAUGGAGAAUUCCGCGGAGUUCCAGAGAAUGAUUGAGCAAGAGAGGCAGAAAGCGAUGGUGAGCGAGAUGGUAGGGAAGCUAACAAACCUGUGUUGGGACAAGUGCAUCACUGGAACCCCCGGCAGCAAGUUCAGCUCUGGCGAGACCAGUUGCCUCACAAACUGUGCCCAGCGAUACGUCGACAUGAGCGUGAUCAUCAUGAAGCGUUUCCAGUCCAUGCAGUAAAAACUGCAGUAUAUUUAUAUGCAUUCAGUUUACUCAGAUAACUCUUUUAGCUUCUUCUUGAUCAUUUGAUGAGGACCGGGGUGCGGCGUUUGCGCUCUUGGUAACAAAUUAUGAUGAUUUAACUGACGCAUGUCAUGUUCAAUGUGCUUGCCGCUAUUUCGGUUACACAGUUUGCUUUUGAUAAGUUGUACUAUUGCAAAUGAAUUAGCGCUUAAGUGCGAUAGAACCAUCUGUUGUACGACUGUUUUGCGUAAUACCCUUCUAGUUUUAUUGUGUUGCGGAUAGAACCCCUAGUGUUUUUUUUUUC